CAACACAACCCGGGCAUUCCUCUCGUCCACGCACCCCCCAGCGCCCAGACGGAAGCACUGCGAACAAGGGAAACGAACAAAAUUCCCCAACGGCCAAAAGCCAAACUUGCAUCUUUCGCUCUCUUCCUGCGCAUACCCAGCCAUCUUCAAGCUCGAAACCCACGCAACGAGUUCGUCCCGCUCAUCGCCUGCCACCCCCCCCUGGUUGCUUGCUUGGGACUACGCCAUCCGACUUUUUUCUUCCUUUUCCUUUUUGUCCUUUCUUUCUUUUCCUUUCCUUCCUCCGAACCAACCCCUGCAUCCUCUCUUCCUUCAAGGCAAGGCAACGCCGUGAUAUCCAACACCACCAUCGACGCAAUAGCAACAGCACAACGCCGCCUUACAUGACAACCGCUUAGCGCUCGGAAUCCGAAUCGGCACACUCUCGAGUUUACGUCCCGCCGCAUCGCGGGCUCCCCCGUCACAAUGGCUUUCCUCUUCAAAUCCAAAAAGAACCAGGACCGCGCCCUCUCCAGCCGGGAUGGCAAUGCUCCUCCUCAGGGGCCAAUGGGCGCCGGCGCUGGUCGCAUGACUAGAGACGAAAAGAAUAUGAUGCAGCACAGAGCCACCCCGACUGGCAGUGUAAAUUCCAUCGAAAACGAUCGCAGCGGCAUCACAAGCCCCGAGUUUGGCCACAGCCGUCGAGGCGGAAGUGUGGACCAGGCGACAUCGCCAACCAACGACCUGGCUCUUCGAAAUGGCCCUGCCUCACAAAACCCCAACGCCUCGCUCUACCCUUGGUCGCAACGCAGGCUCACAUACACCACAUCCCAGCCCAGCCCGUUUCCCCGAUAUGGCGCUGCCGUCAAUGCGGCAUCCUCCAAGGAGGGCGACAUCUACAUGAUGGGUGGUCUCAUCAACAGCUCGACGGUAAAGGGCGAUCUCUGGAUGAUUGAGGCCGGCGGCAACAUGGCCUGCUACCCUCUCGCCACCACAGCUGAAGGCCCAGGUCCUAGAGUUGGCCACGCUAGUUUGCUGGUCGGCAACGCCUUCAUCGUCUACGGCGGCGAUACCAAGAUUGAUGACUCCGACGUUCUAGAUGAAACCCUCUACCUCCUCAACACAUCUACCAGACACUGGUCUCGCGCCUUGCCCACGGGCCCCAGGCCUUCAGGCCGAUACGGCCACACUCUUAACAUCCUAGGCUCUAAAAUCUUCAUCUUCGGAGGCCAAGUCGAAGGCUACUUUAUGAAUGACCUUGCUGCCUUUGACCUGAACCAGCUGCAGAUGGCUAACAACCGAUGGGAGAUCCUCAUCAAGUCCGAGGCGUCGCCCCAGAUUCCCGCGGCCAGAACUAACCACACCAUUGUCACCUACAACGACAAGAUGUAUCUCUUUGGUGGUACCAACGGAUUCCAGUGGUUCAACGAUGUUUGGUGCUACGACCCCGCCAUCAACAAGUGGGAGCAGCUUGACUGCAUCGGAUAUAUCCCUGCACCGCGCGAGGGCCACGCCGCUGCCAUUGUCGACGAUGUCAUGUACAUCUUUGGCGGCCGCACUGAAGAGGGCACUGACCUUGGCGAUCUCGCCGCGUUUAGAAUCUCACUGCGCAGAUGGUACACCUUCCAGAACAUGGGCCCAUCGCCAUCACCUCGAUCUGGUCACAGCAUGACUACGGUGGGCAAGUCUAUCGUUGUUCUUGGAGGCGAGCCAAGCUCCACCACCAACACCACCAACGACCUCGGCAUCCUCUAUGUUCUCGACACCACCAAGAUUAGAUAUCCUGUCGACGGACAGCAGACAGCAGCUCGCAACCCCCAGGGCGCGCGCCCUAGCCUGGAAGGCGUCAAGACACAGAGCCCCAACGAGAGCCCCAAUGCAGUCAACGAGCCUAGAAGACUCAUGUCCAGCCCUACGCCGACUGGAAACCCGGCUUCCAACUUGUCUCCCAGCAGCCUGCGCCAGGCUUCCGACAGCAACAUGACCAACAUUGCUGCCGUCAAUGGUCUCCGCGGCCCUGCCGGCCCUCCCCCGCAAGGCCCCACGCCAGCCAAGCCUACCGACGCUCCUUCUAUGGCCAACAUGAUGAGCAGCCCCGCGGCAUCGCCCCAGAUUGGUUCCAACCAGUCUCCUGUUCUUCAGCAGGGUGUUGCAGACCCCGAAGAAGCCGCCAUUGUGGCUGCUAGCGCCGCCGUGAACGGUGUUCGCAGCCCUCCUCAGGCAUCGGCUCCCGCGAAGAUGGAUGGUAUUACCAAGCACGCCCGCGUUGCAUCUGGUGAAAUUCAAGACGCCACUCGAUCCGCCCCUCCAGCCGCCGCUGUCCCUGCUCGACCCGCCUCCCCACCUGCUCCUACGCGCCAGCUCAGCAACUCUAUGAACCGACGCUCCUCUGGCCGCAACUCUCAGACCGUUGCACUCCUGAAGGAGCUGGACAAUGCCCGCAACAAGAAUGCCUGGUAUGCCUCGGAGCUCGAGCUUGCUCGCAAGUCCGGAUACUCGCCCCCAGCCGGUUCCAGCCCUGCCCUCGACGCCAAGUCUGCGCAGACCUUUGACGAUGAGGACCGCCCGCUGAUCGAGGCACUGCUUACCAUGCGCACUGAGCUUGCCAAUGUCCAGAGUGCUGUUGAUAAGCAGGCAGUCGUGGCUGCGCGCCAGAUUGCCGAAGCCGAAAAGCAGCGCGAUGCUGCCAUCCAGGAAGCGCUCUACGCCAAGGCCAAGUACGCCGCUCAUACUGGUGGCAGCGCCUCUAGCACACCCAACCUCGACGCUGACCGCGAUGACCUUGGAGGACGAUCCGACGAAGUCAACAAGAAGCUUGCUUCUGCUCUACACCUUCAAAAGGAUCUCCAGGCUCGCUUGGAGACCAUGAAGUCGGAGCUUGCCGCUGAGAAGAGGGCUCGUCAGCUCGCCGAUGAGACGUCCGCUGCUGCUGAAAAGCGCAUGACUGACUUGGAAAGCUACAAGCAAACGACUUCUGCCGAGUUGGCUGGCCUCAAGUCUGAACUGCACCUCUCGCAGCGCGAAGCCCGCGACCACUCAUCGAGAUCGGCUGAAGCUGUCGCUGCGCUUGCUCUGCUCAAGGUUGAGAAGGAUGACUUGCACACCAAGUACCACGAUGCCACAGGCGGAGCCGAGGAGCACAAGAGCGCCUUUGAGACUCUUCACCUGGCGCUCAAGUCGUCCGACGAAGCCAAGUUGCAUCUUGAAGGAAAGCUGUCUGAGGAGCGCGCUGCUAGAGAGGCUGCUGAGGCCAACCUUGCCAAGCUCAAGGUUGAGCACGAAGCCCGCGGUGCCGAGCUGACUACCUCUGCCCAGCGUGCUAAAGACGCUGAGGAGUUGGCCCAGAAGCACGCCGAGGAGGCCCGCACUCACCGUCUAGCCGUGCUUUCUGGUCUUGACAAGAUCAACUCGCGCGAUGUCUCACGAUCUGGCGGUGCCGACGCCAAGCGCGUUAUUGCUCUGCAAGCUCAAGUGACUGCCGCUAACGCCUUGGCCAAGAAGUACCAAACGGAGCUCGAUGGUGCAGCAGAUAAGCUUCGCAGCGCUGAGGAGCGUAUCGCUGGCCUUGAGCAGUACCAGGAGCAAUCAAGCCGCGAGGGUGUUUCUAUCCGCCGUCAGCUGCAGGCUGCUCUGCGCGAGACACAGGGUCUCCAGGCUGCGCACUCGGAAGUCAAGAACCAGCUGGCUGCUCAGCAGCUCGAGACCAACGCCAUGACGGUGCAGCACACAGCGCUCAAGGAUAUUCUUGCCGAGCGCGGCAUCAGCCCUACUGGUGCCCGAUCACGAGGCCUUUCCGGUAGCCCCAGAACCGCAUCUCCCGAGCAGGCCCGCAUGAAGGACCUCGAAAGCCAGCUCGCCAAUGCACACGCCGCACACGAGGAGACCAAGAAGAGCUUCUCUUCGCAGGCCCAAGAGUCCGAGUCGGCGUACCGUGAGAAGCUAACGCAGCUUGAGAGCGACUACCAGUCGGCAGUGCACUACGUCAAGGGUACCGAGAAGAUGCUGAAGCAGCUCAAGGAGCAGCUGACGCGAUACAAGAACGACAAUGCGCGUCUCAAGAUCGAGGUUGAUGACCUCGAGAAGGCCAACGGUCAGGGUCUUGCUGCCAACACCCAGCAGUGGGAGACGGAGCGCUCUGCUCUGCAGACCAAAGUAGACACGCUGCAGUCCGAGCUCAAGACAUCUGGCGCCGCGCUCGAGAAGAAGCUCGAGAGCCUCCAGAGCGAACUGACAGAGAGCCAUCGCCAGCGCGAAGCUGCUGUUAAGGAGCACGCUACAACAUCGACCAAGCUGCAGACACAGGGCAAGGACUUGGAGCACCUGCGCUCCGAGAACGCACUCCUUGAGCAGCGCGCAGCCGACGCUGAGCAAAAGGUAGCACUCCUGCUCGACCAAGUUGAGAACUCUGUCGACAACUACCGCCGCCGCAGCCGCAUUGUUCCCGGCGACUUUGACGUCGCAGCCAACGGCGGCAGCGGCCACUCGCGCAAGAAGAGCGUAGACGCUGAGAGCUUCGGCAGCAACGGCAUCGACAACCGCAACAGCAUGGCUCUCGACAGCCUGGCCAACGAGCUCGAGACGCUCCGCAGCCACUGGGAGGCGACCAACAAGAACUACCGCCUCAGCACCAACUUUGAUCUCGACGGCGACGGCAAGAAGGACGGCGGCGUAGCAACCUCUGGUCUGAGCGAGAGCCUCGCCGACUGGCGCAAGAAGCUGGACGCCGAGGAGCACGCCGACAAGAAGUAACUUGCGUGUCUUUAACGAACGAUGAUGACGAUUUGACAUUUUUUUGUUUUGUUUUAGCGGGUCUGCCUUGCCAAAAAAGUCUCUUUGUUGAACACCAAUCUGGAUAAUGCCGCCUACGAAGACUAUCUAUCUAUCACUCUGGAGGAACACACACACACACACACACCUAUAUACCCCGCUGCUGAGUGAUGAGGAGGAGGAAAGGGGAUUGGACGACUUUCUAUAUCGUUAUGCCCGCAUCUGUGCUGCUGGUUCUUUACUGUAUAUUUGGACCGUGGACAGCGAGGUUGCUUGAAUACCUUGAGCAGGGCUCUUGGGGGGAAAGGAGGGAAGGAAAGACGAGGAAAUGCAUUGAUUGGGUUUUCUUUAUCCUUUUUUCUUCUUUUUUCUGUGUAAUAUUUCGUCUGCGGGAGGGGUUCGUUGAUUAUCAUGUUUUUUUGUCUCUGUUUGCAACUCUGCUUUCCACUUUGUUUACUUUGUUGGGAUGACUUCUAUGAGGAUAUUGUUUUGUUUUUAUUUUUUAUAUCUAUUAUCUAACUGUGUUCCCUGGUACU